AUGCCUAGAAUAGCAAAGUUCUUGAGCUCGGGUCUUGGCCUCACCUCAGAGGCCAUUCACAAAGCUCGAGAUGGUUCCUCGUCAAAUCGCCCCACGCCCUCACAUUCUUCCUCAAGCUCCUCCGGGCCACCUCCGCCCCAGCACACACAGGGAGCGGAUCAAGGUGCACAUGGUCAAUUUCCAGCUCAUGGACCCGGCCAGCAAUCAGAAAAGGAUACAAAAGAUUUGGUAGAUUACCAGGAUGGCCAAGGACAGGACGAGGCUGUGUGGGAGCUUGACGAUAUGGCGGAGCGUCUGAACCCCCCCGCAGAAGAACAUAUGGCAGAAACGACCGGAAAUGAAUCCGAGGAAGAAAAGGUCAGGAAGCGGGAGGCCAUGGUCCGCAGCUUAGCCUCAAUGGCUGGCCCCCCGCCUCGGCCAGCUCAGCGGCUUCCUUGUCCGGUAAUUCUUCCUCAACGACGGCCCAGGAAGAAGGAUCGCGGCUUCGUGCGUGCAUAUGCCCCGGUCCUCUCCGACUGUGGUAUUAGCCAGGACGUGUUUAUUCGCUUUAUAGAAGACCUGGACGCCGCCAACAAGGCAUCAAAAUGGUUGGACGCUGUUUUUGUCGCCGCGACCGUCGUUGGAUUUGUGCCGACGGUGUCAACUCAAGUUACCGGUCAUGUCGUCCAAAUCAUCGCCGGAACAGCUCGCGAGUUCCAGGGGCGAUCACGCGGAAACACAUACCUCGAUAGAGUCAAUGAAGAGGUCUUUAUACCUCGUGGCCUCGUCGCAAUGGUGAUGCAAUUCAAGGACGAAGUUCCCGGUCAACAAUCAGGUCCGCUCGGUGGUUUGUCCAACUCGAUCCAGAAGACCUUCUUCACGCAGGAGAGGCUUGACAUGAACCAAACAGCGGCGAAAUACGGUAGCCCCGAUCCUAAUUCUUCUAGAAUCAGUCAGGGAAUGAGUAAUAUGAGGCUCACGAGCGGCAAGACCUAUGGUGUGGCUGAGUUGCCAGAGUCGGCACCAUUAGUGUACCCUGACUUGGACCAGGCGAUACACACCCUUGCCGAGGAGCAUACGGGAGGGGAUCCUCAAACGCAGGGCUCCAAGUCUUCAAGCAUAACGGCCAAGUUCAAGAGUGCCGGAGAGUGGACGAAUGACUACCUCGACCGAAGGUCACAUGCCUUUUACGAGGCAGAGAACCCGGGAACUUCGCUCUCUACAUCAGCUGACAACCGAGCGCCGAUGAAGUCGCGCUUUAAUGACCCCAAACAUGCGGCUAAUAGCGGCUCCAUCAUCUCUGUGCUCACAGGCGGUCACAUCGCGACUCAAGGUCUGCCUCAGAGGUUGGCUGCCAGGAGAGAACAGAGGGGCCGAGUCCGAGGUAGAUCAUCACAGGGUUCAAAACACGGAGGCUUGUUAAGACAGAAGCCCGUGAGGAAGCUUCUCCAGAAGGAUGUGUUCUAUCUUUUAGUAGUCAAUAUUCCCAGUCAGGAAGAGGUUGCGCACUCGGUUGCUCAGCUGGAACAGAUUAUGGGAUCGGCCGCCUCUACUUCUUUUUCACGUUAA